ACUUUCACCUUCGACCGCGCGGCUGAUGAAACAGCACCGGUGGAGGGGGGGCGAGGGGCCAGGCAGUGUAAACAUUGGCAGGGACGCUAGCCGGGUUUAAAUACUUGCGGGCCUCGGCGGGUGUCGUGUAGUCGUGUGCCGUGGCCGAGUGCAGACAUGUGGAACCAAGUGACUCUGAUGGCCGCGGUGACCGUCCUGCUGCCAGGGAUAUCUCCUCACAACUUGUCGGACGUGCCGUGCGGGCGACGGUGGCGCCGCAGCGGGCGCAUCGUGGGCGGCGAGGCGACCAACCCGGGCGAGUUCCCCUGGCUCGUGUCCAUCACGAGGCGCGGCGGCCACUUCUGCGGCGGCACGCUGCUCCACAAGCGCUGGGUCAUGACGGCCGCGCACUGCAUGUGCAGCGGGCCGGUGCACCUGCCGGCGGAGCACAUCCGCGUCACGGUGGGCGAGCACGACCUGACGAGCGCAGAGGAGCCCGCCGCCCACGAGGUGCGCGUCAGCCGACUGCUGCUGCACCCCGACUACAAGUGCGCGCGCUUCGCCAACGACAUUGCGCUGCUCGAGCUCAGCUCGGAGGUGACGUGGUCGGAGGCCGUGUGGCCCGCGUGCCUGCCCACGGGCUUCAGCAGCUACUCCAACACGGAGGCGACGGCGGCGGGCUGGGGCUGGCUGCAGGAGUCCUCGUCCAAGGGCGGCCGCGCCGACGUGCUGCAGAAGGUGAAGCUGCAGGUGGUGCCCAACGAGGAGUGCCGCGACUGGUACCGCUCCCAGGGCAAGAAGAUCAAGAUCAGCGACUCGCAGAUGUGCGCCGGCUACGAGUCGGGCGGCCGCGACUCCUGCUGGGCCGACAGCGGCGGUCCCCUCAUGAUCGGCGAGGGCGACCAGACGAUGGUGGUGGGCAUCGUCUCGACCGGGAUCGGCUGCGCCCGGCCCCGCCUGCCCGGGCUCUACACCCGCAUAUCCGAGUACAUGGUCUGGAUCGAGGGGCACGUGCGGUGACCGUCACUGUCCACUUGCGCGUGCCGCUGUGUGUGCCUCUUGAGGGCUCCAUCCGGCGAGGGAAACUCGCGUCUUGCCUCUCCCAUGCACAAUCUUCCCAAGUACAACCCUUUGAACCAGCGAAAUUUGCUCUGGGUUAUCAAACUCAAAAAAAAAAAAAAAAAAAAAACUUCUUGCACCCUGACGUUUUCAAGGUAUUCAAUAACAACAUAACCUUAAGCAACCAAGAAUGGUUGCUCGCGAGAGUUCAACUGAAACAGCAGAAGAGACGGGAAUGUCGGAAGUUUGUGAAAGUUGUGGUCAACAACAAGUUUUGCUCUGCGGGACUUAAAAGAAAAAAUAACCUGCGCUAGAGAAAUACGUGGCAGUCUUGUUUACUUCUCUGUUAUGCAAGCAUUUCUUAUGAGAAUUGUUGUGCAUUAGAAAACACUGAUCAUAGCAUUUUCAGACUCGGACCUAACUGUCGAUAACAUUUACAUUUUCUAUUCGUUUAACUCUUUUUUAGCACUAUCUCACAGCCACCAUAUGUCCGCAAGAAAAAAAAAAAAUUACAAAUUUUAUGAAUAUGUACACAAAAA